UCCCAGCACUGCAAAACUUUGCUUAAAUAGUGAGAUCUAUGCCGAGAAAGUUUGUAGUCAGUCAGCAACCAAAGCGACGUUAACAUAAAUAUACACGAAAUAAGAAAAAUAUAAGAACUCAGCAUAAAUAUGAGCAGCUCUAGAAUUUACGUCGGUGGAUUGCCGUUUGGAGUACGUGAAAAAGACUUAGAACGAUUCUUCAAAGGUUUCGGACGAACACGAGAUAUUUUGCUAAAGAAUGGUUAUGGCUUUGUAGAGUUCGAAGAUUCACGUGAUGCUGAUGAUGCUGUUUACGAGAUGAACGGCAAAGAAUUAAUGGGACGCAGAAUAGCAGUGGAACUGGCAAAAAGUACAGCACGCGGUAGUAAUCGUGAUCGAUAUGAUGGCGGCCGUCGUGGUGGACGUUAUAACGAAAGAGGUAGAAAUACACGUUUCGGUCCACCACAACGUACCGAAUAUCGUUUGAUUGUGGAAAAUUUAUCGAGUAGCGUGAGCUGGCAAGAUCUGAAGGAUUAUGUGCGAACAGCCGGCGAAGUGACCUACUGUGACGCACACAAACAGCGACGCAACGAAGGUGUUGUAGAGUUCGCUUCAUCAUCGGAUAUGCGGCGUGCCAUAGAGAAGUUGGAUGAUACCGAGUUAAAUGGUCGACGUAUACGUUUAAUUGAAGAUCGCCGUAACAGUCGAGGUGGCCGUGGCAGGUCGCGAUCACAUUCACGCUCUGUUUCACGUCGCCGAUCACGCUCCAAAUCUGCACGUUCGUCACGUUCACGCAGUCGUUCGAAAUCACGUUCAAAAUCGAAGUCACCAGUGAAAUCGCGUUCUCGUUCAUGUUCGCGUACAAAGAAAGCACGCGAACUAAACAAAUCGCGUUCACGCUCACGCUCGCCUAAGCGUUCACGCCGAGAUGCUUCACGGGAACGCUCCAAGUCACCACGCAAAUCACGUUCCAAACAUGAUUCGCGUUCACCAUCCAAAUCUCGUGUUGGCUCUCGCGAUCGUUCCAGAUCGCGCUCACCAUCCAAGUCACGCGGUGACUCUCGUAAGCGUGACCGUUCUCGUUCCAGAUCGCACCGUUCAUCGCGUUCACGGCGUGAUUCACGCUCACCAUCAUAUGAUGGUUCUCGCGAUCGUUCCAUUUCUCGCUCUCGCUCAGUUUCACCGAGAAAGGAUAAAGAUUCGCGCAACAGAGAUGAGAGUGUGGAUAACUAAGCAAAAUAUUAACAUCUUCAUUGGAGCCAUCCCGUACCUACUGACUACCAAAAUAUUUUAAUACAUACAUAUGAAUUUGAGAAUAAAUAAUAUUUGUAAUAAAAAAAUAAAAUAAAAAAUUUAAAAAAAAAUUAAAAAAUAAAAAAACAAUAAAAAAAAUAUUAAAAAUAAAUAAAUAAUUAAAAAAAGGAUUUUUUAAAUAUAUAAUAAAAACAACUUUAAUAUUUAAACUAACUGUAAGUUUGUAUUUCUUCGUUUAUGGGUCGUUUAGUUUUGCAAACAGAAUAUCUUGUGUUCUCUCAUUCCUUGUAUACUCUGACUAUUUGUAUUAGACGAAAUUCAGGCAUAAGUGGGAGCUAUUAAAAAGUAAGAGACACAGCACCACUUUUUUUUUUACUAAAAAUAAAUUUAAUAUGGGGAAGUUAAAUUAAAAAAUGCUAAAAACUAAACUAAGAAAUGAUGACAUGUGUUGACGACAUUUUUGGGAAGAAUUGCCACCAUUUUGCAAAAAAAUUAAGUCGUGAAAUUGACUUUAA